UCUCAUCCCUACUUCUGGUAAAGGUCAUAGUCGGAUCAUGAACAAGAAUUAGUCUCAACCAUCAUGUGAUUUAAUGACUAAGAAAAAUAUAGAUAAUUAUUUUUUUGGUGCAUGCAUAGCGAUAUUCAAUGGAGUACUAUUGUCAUCAUCUCAGCCUCAAGUCUAUAAAUAAGGCCAGAAUAUGGCACGAUUUUCUCAUCCCUACUUCACUUAUUUGCACUGAGAAAAUAUCAUUGAGGCAAAGAUGAGUUCCAGAGUUUUCCUUCUUCUCGGCCUUCUGGCAGCCAUUGUCCUCCUCCUCGCGUCGGAUGCGGCAGCUCGGGAUUUGGCCGAGACAACCUCUACCGAAAAGAACGAAGAAAAUGGAGUAGACGACGCCAAAUACUCAGACGGCAGAGGAGGCUAUAAUGGUCAGUACCCGGGAGGUGGAUAUGGAGGAGGUCUUGCUAAGGGGUGCCGCCACGGCUGCUGUAAAAAAGGCAAGUUCAAGUACGCGAAGUGCAUCAAGUGCUGCGCUUCUGCUGCUGAGGCUGCUCAGAUGGCGACAGAGGUCAAGCCCCAGAACUAAGGCAAACUGAAGUCCUCGAUCUAAAGAUAAUUAGUCCGUAUACGGAUGUUGUUAUAUGCUGAUCAUCUGGAUAAAUAAGUGCAAGAAGUAUCAUGACGCGAUACAUGAGCUUGCCAUGUACACUAGGCUGGCUAUUUUAUCGAUAGCUAGCAAUGGUUAAAGUCAUAUGUGUGUCAAUGUAGGUUCGAUCAAGUUACUUCUGAAUAAAAUCGUGAAGUUCUAGCUAAA